AUGCUCGUGAUAAUUUAUCCUUUACACCUAAAGAAGAGGGAAAUAGGAAGCUGGAAGCAUUCGCAAAACAUAGAUCAAAAGCCCAAGCUGCAAGGCCUCUCUACUCUGUUGAAGAAAAUGGAAGGGACUGCCAAUGGCGAAGAACCCACUUCAUGGGAAGAUCUUUACAACAUCAAUUUGGUGCCUUCUGAGAUUUUCCUCAAGUUCAGGAAAGAACUCCAGGGGCUUCGCGUUGGGGUUAAUUUAGAGCUGUACAAUGCUCCUCUGAAUGACUACCACGCAAAACUGGUUCUGAAGCCUUUGGCCAAUGAACGGAAAUGGAAAUUUAUAUACGAGCCUUUAGUCCACGAUGUCCAGCUUGUCUCCAAGAAAAUCCCGAUAACAAAGUUCCUUAAUCUUCAGGUGGGUGUGGGCCAUAGUUUUCAGCUACAUGCUACUGGUUGGAAAUGGAAGCUCUCGUCGUGCUUUGGUGAGGAUGGUAUUUCUCGGAUUAAAAACAAAACAUCCCUUGGUCUGUGCCCUGGAGUAGAUUUCCGAUUCGGGUGGAAGGCUGAUUAUGUUCUCCCUGAAAUUACUGGGGGUGUGGGCACGGAUGAACCAUUAUUCAACAUGAACUCUGGACGCUUGCAGGCGUCACUUGAUAGAGUCGAGGCCAUUUUCACGAGUUCUGAUGCAACAUGA